AGAGAGGGGCUGACCACACUCAAGACACAACCUGUCCCUUCCCUGUUCUGAGACCGAACACCUACGGGGCCUUCCCCGGGGCCAGGAGGCAGGCCCCAGGGAGAGAACAGCCAUGGGCCUUCCACAGCUGCAGCCUUUGGGGGUGACAUCUUAGGAGCGCAGGGGGCGAGAGGGACAGCUUUCGUGCACCCCCUUCUGCAGGGAAGGAGGGAGCUGAGACUCGGAACCCGAGCCCAAGCCCCGGGCAGGGGCAUGGACCAGCAGCUGUGAAGAGCCAGAGCUGAUGCCAGGUCCCCAGGGGGCAGGAAGAGCCCCCACCAUGAGCCUGGGCAAGCUCUCACCCGUGGGCUGGGUGUCCAGCUCGCACGGGAAGAGGCGGCUAACGGCAGACAUGAUCAGCCCCCCGCUUGGGGACUUCCGCCACACCAUGCACGUGGGCCGUGGCGGGGAUGUCUUCGGCGACACCUCCUUUCUCAGCAACCAUGGGGGCAACUCGGGGAGCACUCACCGCUCACCCCGAAGCUUCCUGGCCAAGAAGCUCCAGCAGGUGCGGCGGGUGGGGGCGCCGCCCCGGCGGAUGGCCUCCCCGCCCGCACCCUCCCCUGCUCCACCCGCGGUCUCCCCAAUCAUCAAGAACGCCAUCUCCCUGCCCCAGCUCAACCAGGCCGCCUACGACAGCCUCGUGGUGGGCAAAUUCACCUUCGACCGCAGCCCUGCCAGCUCCAUGGACGGCCGCUCCAGUUACGGCGUGGACUCUGGGUUCUGCACUAUCUCCCGCCUGCCUCGCCAGGAAAAGCCUCGUGACCGAGACCGUGAUAGUACCUUCCCCCCGGAGGCCGGGCUUCACCGCUCAGACUCCCUCCUGUCCUUCCACCUGGACCUCGACCUUGGCCCAUCUCUCCUCAGUGAGCUGCUUGGGGUCAUGAGCCUUUCAGAAGCCUCUGCAGCUGAGACCCCACCCCCCACCACAAGCCCCCCGGCCCCUGUCAUCAGUCCCCCAGCCCCUGCCUCAAGCCCCCAACCCCUUGGACACUGCCCCAAUGGGGUAACUACUGGGUUGGGCCCAGCAGCUGAGAUGAGGGCCAGCCCGGUGGAAGAUUAUCCCCAUGCACCUGCUCACAUGGGCCCUGGCAGGCACUGGGGAGCAGGCUGGGGAGACAGGGACAGGGACAGGCAGGACAGCCGCCACCACACUGAGAUAGAUUCCUGGCCAGAGCCCAGGGAGGUGCUUCCCCAGGCUCGGGCUUCUUGGGAGAGCCUGGACGAAGAGUGGGGGGCUCCCCAGGCAGCCAGCAGGACCCCCGUGCCCAGCACAGUGCAAGCAAACACCUUCCAGUUUGCUGAUGCUGAGGAGGACGAUGAAGUCAAGGUGUGAGCUUAGGACCCUGCCUGGGCCCAGGGCGCCGCCCGGGAACAGCCCAGGUGCAGAGCCUGCACCUGACAACUAGGUCUCCCGGUGAUUGAUGGGAGAGCCGAGUCGCCCCCCAGCUCCUCCGCACCUCUGCAGGACAGACGAGGGAGGGAGGCCGGAGGAGACCAGGCUCAUUCUGGGUCCUGCUGGGCUGCCUUGCCCUGCUCCCCCUGCCACUCUGGACCCACAGCCAUUCCUGAGGCCCACCCCCACC